AAGUCUGAAAAUGAUGACGAAAAAUCUAGAAUUUGCCCGGCCUGCUGCGACAUUUUAAAUCCGGAUUGUGACAUCGCGCUGUUUGUAUUGUACUUUUUGACAUUGUCUUUAUAAAUAAUCUUAUCAAUGAAAAUGCUAUUUAUUGCUCAGCACGACCUCUUCAAUAAAGAGGAGGAACCAUCGACUGUGUUAGUCACGAAAAGCGAGGUUAUGUUUUCUGUUUUGAUUGAGUUGUUUCUUAUUGUAUAGAAAAACAUCCAGGUAUUUCAUACUGAAAAUGUGACAAAUUAAAAGAAAAACUAUUCGCGAAGACGUGUUAACAGGUGAUAUUUUCAUAACGCUUUGUGUGUGCGAGAUGGCACCUAAAUGUUUUAACUAGCCUUGUGUUUCGUGCGUUGCUACCUUUUUUUGGUUAAAGUGUGGUAAUCACUCGCUGGAUUUGGGCUUGCAAUUGGAUUUAUAAGAAUGGACCAAAAGUGGCAAUUUUCUCAUCCACACAAUGGGAGGUCUUGCGGCAAUAAAAAGAAAAGAAUUGUUUGUUCUAACUGACACAAAGAGAAUUUCGUUGUUCGCGUCCAAAAUGCCUGAGGCGACCAGCUCCCUCGACCGUAUCAGAAGCAACGCCAAUUUAAUGAAGCAAACUAUUAACGAUAUUAAGAGUAAGUUGAACGAGUUAACUACCGAAUACAACCGUUUAUUAUGCAAUCAAUUGCGCGAAGAAAACAGUAAGCUAUCUGCGGCAGUCGAAACAGCCAAGGAGAAGCUUGUUAGGUUGGAGAUUCAAAACGGGGUGAAGCAGGUGGCGGUACCGGGCGCCCGUCCCGCCGUUACUAGCGAAGCGACCGAAAAGCAAAUCGAAGUGUCCGUCGAAGAAAAACAAACCAAAACCAAAGUCGCCAAACCCAAGAAGGAACCCAGUAAAACCGAUAAAACGAACGGCGCGGAUCUGCCCGUCGACGUCGGCAGGUUAGAUUUAAGAGUGGGCAAAGUCGAGAACGUCGAACGUCAUCCGGAUGCUGAUUCCUUGUACGUUUUGAAGAUAAACUGCGGGGAAAACGAGCCCAGGACUGUUUGUUCGGGAUUGGUCAAGCAUGUGCCCUUGGACGAGUUGCGAGAUAAAACUGUAAUGGUCUUAUGUAAUCUGAAACCCGUUAAGAUGCGGGGAAUUACGUCCGAAGCUAUGGUUAUGUGCGCGAGUGGCGAGAACGGCGUGGAAGUGCUCGCACCGCCGCCUGGGUGUCGACCCGGCGAUUUGGUGACCUGCGAGGGCUUCGAACGGCGACCUGACCCGGUAAUGAACCCGAAAAAGAAGAUAUUCGAGACCGUCGCCCCCGAUUUGCACACCAACGAUAACCUAGAGGCCUGCUACAAGGGCGUGCCGCUCGCUGUAGAAGGGAAAGGGACUUUCGCGUCGAAGACGCUGAGGAACGUCGCAGUGAAAUGAUUUUCGUGUUAAAUAAAACAACCUUGGGUUUCGAAA